GUGGUUGCCUCUUUGACGAGCCGUACAGCACAUGUGGAUAUAGUCAAGCUGAGGAUGAUGACUUCAACUGGGAGCAGGUGAACACCUUGGGCAAACCGACUCCUGACCCAUGGAUGCCAUCAGGCUCCUUCAUGAUGGUGAACGGGUCCGGGCGGCCCGAGGGGCAACGAGCGCACCUGUUGCUCCCCCAGCUGAAGGAGAACGACACCCACUGCAUUGAUUUCCACUACUUUGUGUCCAGCAAGAGCAAUUCUGCGCCUGGGUUCCUCAAUGUGUAUGUGAAGGUCAACAACGGGGCACUGGGAAGCCCCAUCUGGAAUCUGUCUGGGGCCCCGACCGGGAGAUGGAACCGGGCAGAGCUGGCCAUCAGCACAUUCUGGCCUAACUUCUACCAGGUGAUUUUUGAAGUGAUUACCUCUGGACACCAAGGCUACCUUGCCAUUGAUGAAGUGAAGGUGCUGGGCCAUCCAUGUACCCGGACUCCCCACUUCCUGCGGAUCCAGAACGUGGAGGUGAACGCUGGCCAGUCCGCCACCUUCCAGUGCAGUGCGAUCGGCAGGACCUCAUCCAAGGAGGACAGGCUGUGGUUACAGGGCAUCGAUGUCCCCGAUGCUCCGCUGAAGGAGAUGAAAGCGACCAGUUCUCGAAGAUUCAUGGCUUCCUUUAGUGUGGUGAACACCACCAAACGCGACGCCGGGAAGUACCGCUGCAUGAUCCGCACCGAAGGAGGGGUUGGGAUAUCAAACUAUGCAGAACUGGUCGUUAAAGAGCCUCCCGUGCCCAUCGCACCUCCCCAGCUGGCCUCGGUGGGGGCCACCUACCUGUGGAUCCAGCUCAACGCCAACUCCAUCAAUGGCGACGGGGCCAUCGUGGCCCGAGAGGUGGAGUACUGCACGGCCAGUGGCAGCUGGAGUGACCGGCAGCCUGUGGACUCCACCAGCUACAAAAUUGGACACCUGGACCCAGACACAGAGUAUGAGAUCAGCGUGCUGCUCACCAGGCCGGGUGAGGGUGGCACGGGGUCUCCUGGGCCAGCUCUCAGGACGAGAACCAAGUGUGCAGAUCCCAUGCGUGGUCCAAGAAAACUGGAGGUCGUCGAGGUCAAGUCCCGGCAAAUCACCAUCCGCUGGGAGCCUUUUGGCUACAAUGUGACCCGUUGCCAUAGCUACAAUCUCACCGUGCACUACUGCUACCAGGUGGGCCGACAGGAGCAGGUGCGGGAGGAGGUGAGCUGGGACAAGGACAGCGCGCACCCGCAGCACACCAUCACCAACCUGGCCCCCUACACCAACGUCAGCGUCAAGCUCAUCCUCAUGAACCCUGAGGGCCGGAAGGAGAGCCUGGAGCUCGUGGUGCAGACAGAUGAGGAUGUCCCAGGUGCCGUCCCUACCGAGUCCAUCCAAGGAAGCACCUUUGAAGAGAAGAUAUUUCUUCAGUGGAGAGAGCCUACGCAGACCUACGGUGUCAUCACGCUCUACGAGAUCACCUACAAAGCAGUCAGCUCCUUUGACCCAGAAAUUGACUUAUCCAAUCAAAGUGGAAGAGUUUCAAAACUGGGAAACGAAACCCAUUUUCUGUUUUUUGGACUCUAUCCGGGGACCACGUACUCCUUCACCAUCCGAGCAAGCACAGCCAAGGGCUUCGGGCCUCCAGCAACAAACCAGUUCACCACCAAAAUCUCAGCUCCGUCCAUGCCAGCUUACGAACUCGAGACACCUCUGAACCAGACAGACAAUACGGUGACCGUCAUGUUGAAGCCCGCACAGAGCAGGGGCGCCCCUGUCAGUGUCUACCAAAUAGUCGUUGAGGAAGAACGUCCUCGAAGAACUAAAAAGACAACAGAGAUCUUAAAGUGCUACCCGAUACCAAUCCACUUCCAGAAUGCAUCUCUGCUGAACUCUCAGUACUAUUUUGCCGCCGAGUUUCCGGCCGACAGCAUCCAGGCUGCCCAGCCUUUCACUAUCGGUGAUAACAAGACCUACAAUGGAUACUGGAACACCCCCCUGCUCCCCCAUAAAAGCUACAGAAUUUACUUCCAAGCUGCUAGUAGAGCCAAUGGGGAAACCAAAAUCGACUGUGUUCGCGUAGCCACAAAAGGUGCUGCCACUCCAAAACCUGUCCCGGAGCCUGAGAAACAAACAGACCACACUGUUAAGAUCGCGGGAGUCAUCGCUGGCAUCUUGCUGUUCGUCAUUCUCUUCCUUGGAAUUGUGUUGGUAAUGAAGAAGAGGAAACUGGCCAAGAAGCGGAAGGAGACAAUGAGCAGCACUCGGCAGGAGAUGACCGUGAUGGUGAACUCCAUGGACAAGAGCUACGCCGAGCAGGGCACGAACUGCGACGAGGCUUUCUCUUUCAUGGACACACACAAUCUGAAUGGGCGAUCUGUGUCUUCCCCAUCGUCCUUCACAAUGAAGACAAAUACGCUAAGCACAUCGGUGCCCAACUCCUACUACCCAGACCCAUUUGUGCCAACCGCAAUUUUAGUGCCAAUCAAUGACGAAACCCACACAAUGGCCAGUGACACCAGCAGCCUGGUGCAGUCGCACACUUACAAGAAGCGUGAGGCGACCGAUGUGCCAUACCAGACUGGGCAGCUGCACCCUGCCAUACGGGUGGCCGACCUGCUGCAGCACAUCACACAGAUGAAGUGCGCCGAGGGCUACGGCUUCAAGGAGGAGUAUGAGAGCUUCUUCGAAGGACAGUCUGCACCGUGGGACUCCGCGAAGAAAGAUGAGAACAGAAUGAAGAACAGAUACGGGAACAUCAUUGCGUAUGAUCAUUCCCGGGUGAGGCUGCAGACAAUCGAAGGAGACACCAACUCUGACUAUAUCAAUGGGAAUUACAUCGAUGGCUAUCAUCGACCCAAUCAUUAUAUUGCUACGCAAGGGCCGAUGCAGGAGACCAUCUCUGACUUCUGGAGGAUGGUAUGGCACGAGAACACGGCGAGCAUCAUCAUGGUGACCAACCUGGUGGAGGUGGGAAGGGUCAAGUGCUGCAAAUACUGGCCAGACGAUACAGAAAUAUACAAAGACAUUAAGGUUACCCUCAUAGAAACAGAACUGCUGGCAGAAUAUGUGAUAAGGACAUUUGCUGUGGAAAAGCGAGGUGUCCAUGAAAUCCGAGAGAUCAGACAGUUUCACUUCACGGGCUGGCCAGAUCAUGGGGUCCCCUACCAUGCCACGGGUCUGCUGGGAUUCGUGCGGCAGGUCAAGUCCAAGAGCCCACCCAACGCGGGCCCCCUCGUGGUGCACUGCAGCGCUGGUGCCGGGAGGACCGGCUGCUUCAUUGUCAUCGACAUCAUGCUGGACAUGGCCGAGCGGGAGGGUGUGGUGGACAUCUACAACUGCGUCCGGGAGCUGCGGUCUCGGAGAGUGAACAUGGUGCAGACGGAGGAGCAGUACGUGUUCAUCCAUGAUGCCAUUCUGGAAGCCUGCCUCUGUGGAGACACCUCCAUCCCUGCCUCCCAAGUCAGGUCUCUGUACUACGACAUGAACAAGCUGGACCCACAGACAAACUCCAGCCAGAUUAAAGAGGAGUUCCGGACCCUCAACAUGGUGACUCCGACCCUGCGCGUGGAGGACUGCAGCAUCGCGCUCCUGCCCCGGAACCACGAGAAGAACCGCUGCAUGGACAUCCUGCCCCCAGACCGCUGCCUGCCCUUCCUCAUCACCAUCGACGGCGAGAGCAGCAACUACAUCAACGCCGCCCUGAUGGACAGCUAUAAACAACCUUCGGCUUUCAUAGUCACCCAGCACCCUUUGCCGAACACAGUCAAGGACUUCUGGAGGCUGGUCCUGGACUACCACUGCACGUCGGUGGUGAUGCUGAAUGACGUGGACCCCGCCCAGCUGUGCCCACAGUACUGGCCUGAGAACGGCGUGCACAGGCACGGCCCCAUCCAGGUGGAGUUUGUGUCUGCCGACUUGGAGGAGGACAUCAUCAGCAGGAUAUUCCGGAUUUACAAUGCCGCCAGGCCCCAAGACGGAUACCGCAUGGUGCAGCAGUUCCAGUUCCUGGGCUGGCCGAUGUACAGGGACACACCCGUGUCCAAGCGCUCCUUCCUGAAGCUCAUCCGCCAGGUGGACAAGUGGCAGGAGGAGUACAACGGCGGGGAAGGCCGCACGGUGGUGCACUGCUUGAACGGGGGAGGUCGCAGCGGCACAUUCUGCGCUAUCAGCAUCGUCUGUGAGAUGCUGCGGCACCAGAGAACCGUGGACGUCUUCCACGCCGUCAAGACGCUGCGGAACAACAAGCCCAACAUGGUGGACCUCCUGGAUCAGUACAAGUUCUGCUACGAGGUGGCCCUGGAAUACUUGAAUUCUGGCUGAUGGCAUAACCGGCUCUGCAGACAAACCCUCUCCCGCCACAGGCCAAGAUGGUCCACAGUGUUGCUGUAAAUGAGAUGGAGACUUCUCAAUACGCUUAUUUUGCUUUGCAUAAUUGGCUCUUAUUAAGAGCCCAAGGAAGUGUUUGUAAACUGCUUGCACUGCCCAACUCCCGGCCAUGCUGCUGCCUGACAGAAACACAGAGCAUACGGUCGUCAGACACUGUCCUCCUCGUCACUGUCACCGGCUUGGUAGAGCAGCGUGGACAUCUGCCGACUGAAGAGCACAAUUAUAUUCUUAUGAAGGAAUUUGUACCUUUGGGUAUUUUUUUGUGGCCCGUGAUCCUCCUAUUGUUACAGCUGAGUGUAUGUUUUUGUUCUGUGGAGAAUGCUACCUGGCAUUAUGAUAAUAUAUUAUUUUAGUUAAUAUUUGUAUUUUAACAUGUCACGUGAUAGAAGCUUACCUAGCUGUCCAGGACUAACCGGCGAAUGUACUGAACAAAGCUGUGUUGUAGGAGCUCUUUCCGUCAGAUGUGUAUGUUUCCAAGGGAAAAGCUCGGGAGGACUCAGUGCGAAGCUGCAACAUGGUCAGAUCCACAGACCCAAGGCUUUCCCCUGUGUUUAUAUUGUGAAUACUUUUGAUUUCAUCAAAUUAUUUAUUCAUUAAAAGGAAUUUUUGUGAAGCACAGUGAGUGACAAUCAUUUUUAUGAAACCUUGGAAAUGACUGAUUGUAUGACCUUACCUUGUGUGAAUUCUCAAUAAACAACGACCCGUGCCA